CUCGGGGGAUCGUUGGGCGGACUUCUCGGGGGAUCGUUGGCCUGAGCUCCGCGGGAGAUGGUUCUGACCCGGCAGCUCGCUGUUUGAGAUAGGGCUGCCCACCGUUGGGAGACAAGCCGUCAGGUAAGAGAAGAGGGGUUUAAGCUUGACUUGUUGCUGAAUGUCCCGCCAGGUGGAGGAAGAGAGAAGUUUGGCACUCGCUCAGAGAUGGCCCAAAACAAGCACAUUCAUACUGUCCUCCUUCGCGUCUAUCGUGGCCGAGGUAGCAACCUUUCCCCUUGAACUCACAAAAACUCGACUCCAAAUCCAAGGAGAAGCUGCACUUAACUGUAACCGUUUUUUCAAAGACAGAACCCCCUACCGGGGCAUGAUAAAAACAACCAUUGGCAUCAUACAGGAAGAAGGCUUUCUAAAACUUUGGCAAGGAGGAAUACCUGCCGUUUAUAGACAAAUAGUGUAUUCUGGGUUCCGAAUGGUCAUCUAUGAAUAUCUUCGUGACUCUGUUUUUGGGAAAUCCGAAGAUAACAAAUAUCCUCUUUGGCAGUCAGUCAUAGGAGGAACACUGUCUGGUGCAUUAGCUCAGUUUUUUUCUACCCCUGCUGAUCUAGUGAAGAUUCAAAUGCAGAUGGAAGGAGUAAGGAAACUUCAAGGAAAGCCUUUACGAUAUCGUGGUGUGCAUCAUGCCUUUCUCAAAAUCUUGAAAGAGGGAGGAGUGCGUGGCCUUUGGAUAGGAGGGGUGCCAAACGUCCAGAGAGCUGCCUUGGUGAACAUGGGAGAUUUAGUCACUUAUGAUUCAGUGAAGCGCUUGUUAUUACUGAACACAUCACUUGAAGACAAUAUAAUGACUCAUAGUUUGGCAAGUAUAUGUUCUGGAUUUGUAGCUUGUCUUCUGGGAACACCAGCUGAUGUCAUCAAAAGCCGAGUGAUGAAUCAACCAAUAGAUGAAAAAGGAAAGGGACUGGUGUAUAAAUCCUCAACUGACUGCUUGAUUCAGAGUGUAAAAGGUGAAGGAUUUCUGAGUCUAUAUAAAGGCUUUUUACCAGGUUGGCUGCGAAUGAUGCCUUGGUCAAUGGUAUUCUGGCUUACUUAUGAAAAAAUCAGACAGAUGAGUGGAGUAGAUCCAUUUUAAGACUUUAAAAAAAUAUACAUUCAACAUCAUUAAAAUGUGGGUAUUCAUAGAGUGUACCUCAUGCUAUUACCGCCAUUUCAGGAAGACACUAUUUCAUCAAGAAUGUACUUUGUUCGGUGGCAGCCCUAUUUUCCUUCUCAAGAUCCAAGUAUCCUUGGCCCCUUCUCUUGCUCCAGGAAAGGCUCUAUGUAUAUAAGAGUGUUACCUAUUGAGCUCCAAUCCAACAUUUUCUAAAGAAUCUGAUCCUGGAUCCUGACCACCCUACAACCUCGGAUCUAGUCUCUGGGACAGUCAGUUGGAUGCUACAAGGCAGCUUCAAGGAGUCCCAGUCAAGCAGCUGCUCAGACAGAACAUGAAAGAAAGCAUAUGUCUCUCUCAAAAUAUGCACAGCCAGGGAAGUCAGUCUUCUCAGCAAUUAAAGUGUGAAAAUGCACUUAAAAAUGAGAUGAAUGAAAAAGGUGAUGAAUAGAGAUGCUGAGUUUCUUAAAUGUAGGAUGGAGUUGAUGAAUCUCUCCUAGAAGAAAGAUAAGGAUGAAAACUGAGUCUACUAUUACUUCAACAACAAAUAGAUCUGCCUUAAAUAGCCGAAAUUCCAAGACAAAGAAGUUAAUGAAUUGUAGUACCUGGAGAAAGAGCAAACACAGAAAAGCAAUCUUGGGGAAAACAGAUAAAGGGCCACCCUGGCAUAUGUCCUAUUUAAAUUUUUAACUAUUCUAUAGCUCUAAGACCUUUUAUUCUUUAUGGUUAAUUACUGAAUUUUUACAUGUUAACUAAAGCUUAUCUGUAUAUGUUUUUUUUUUCUCCUUCUGCUCUGAUCAGCCCUUCAGAGGUAUUUACAAACUGAGGCUGCUACUGGAAAUAAGUCAAAGUUGGCAUGCUUCCUUCUUUCUAUUAACCUCUACUCAGAGAUACCAUACAUUACUAAAAAAAAGUUAGCUAUCAUUCUAAGCUAGGGUCUCAUAAUUUGACCAGGUCAUUUACUCUUAUAAAAUAGUAAAUUGGUCUUUGUUCAUGGCUAAUAACCCACAAUGGCAUACUCUCUUUUUCAGUUUAUUUUUUCUGACCUAUGUAAUGCUCUUUUACCCAUUGCUCCUUAAGGAAGUAACAUCAUUACCAUGGAACAAAAUAAAACCUAAAAUGAGAUCAGAGUCACAGCUCUGGCCUUGUUAUGAUGUAAGCACCUGAGCCAACCAGCCAUAAUGAGACUGACCACCUUGGAGAUCAUAGGAUCAGUUAAACACUAAAAGAUUUACCAAUAAUGUAAUGAUAGCAUUUAUGUGUAUUUAGUGCCUUUUUACCGAAGUCCUACCUAUUGUCCUGGGGUUUCCAAAUUUAUGCCUCUUGGGGUUUUCUAGUAGUAUACAGUCAGUUGCAGAAAGAGUACUUUUCUUUCUUUAGACUUUUAGAUGACCUAAAUUUUCAUGGCUUUUGUCACAAUUUAUUCAAAUGAAUUAGGUUAAAAUAUUUAACAAAAUGUGCAUAUAAAUUCUUAAGUGUCUGAACCUGAAUAGUUGGGUAUUUUAACUCUUUUUGACUUGUGACUUCUUAAGUCAAAACCAAAUGAGAACCAAAAAAUUUAGUCAGCUUUGUUCUUUGGUCACCAAGAAUUAAUAGUGAUGUUUAGUGUCUAUCUCUAACAUAUAGAUGAUUCACAGUAAAUCAAAGUGACCACACUUUUUAUUGUCUUGCCCAUGUUCAUUUAGACAUAAACAAAUUGGGGCUCCUUUUAUCCCUCACAAUCUCACAUUUUUACUGUCAUGGUACAUAAUAGCAAGUGUUCAGAGUUAUCUAUCAUCCUUCAUAUUUUUAUUUUAAAUCCAUUUUAAUUUCUUCUCCAACUUGGUAAAUUGUAAUAAAUCUUUUUCUUAAAUAUAGUUCUCUUUUAACAUGGAUUCACUUCUGUAGCUUCCAAUAGUCAAAUAAAUGAAAUUUCUUAAAUCUUCCU